UUCAGACGGUUUGAACAAUACUGUUGGUUAUUAUACCAAUAAAACCUCUACUAGGAUGAGAUACAAAAUCACCCAGAUGAAUUGCGAAAUAGCGGACGAUGCUCGAGCCAAAGUAGGAGCAUCAAUGGAUAUAAGUUAUGAGCAUACAACCUCUCCAGAGUUCCACGUGGGCAAGCUAACGUGCACAAUACGCAAGAAAUAUGCAAGGAUGAUCUUUUUAUACAUGAGAUCGUUAAACAUGUUCGACGAAUUUACCGAAGGAAAUCACAUCGUCCAUAUGCUAGAAGUGCAAGACUUACGAUGGGCUAUUGAUCACCUGGUAGAAAUGGUAGAGAUGGAGGCUGAGGAGAAAUUUAAAAGGGAAGAUGCAAUUAAAGCUGCAAAGGAGAGGAUAAAGCAACAACAGGAACAAAACAAAAAUGUCAGAUGGCAGCUACAGCAGGACACCAAUAUAUUCAAAAAUUCAAUUCGGAAUGGUGACAAAAAGGAGGACGAAACUAAUAAAUACAUGAACGGUUUCGAUUCCGAUUUUAACAGAUAAGUUGAUUUGGUGAUAAAUAUAAAAAAAAAAACAUAA